AUGUUGAUAUUAACUUGUUUUGCGCUGUUAACUUUCAUUCUUUUCGAGUCAUUCGAAAGACACAAGUACAACUCCUGCUCGAAAUUCAAAAUUAAAAUAAAGCUUUCUUGCAUUGUUUUCUUAAUUUUUUCCAUACUUGGCUGUGUUUCAGCUUUGAAAAUCCCUGUCUGCGGAGUUAAAUAUAGAGGAGUUGGUCUAUGUAAAAUGUUAAUCACAAAAAUAGUUUAUAUACCCAAUGAAAACAAAUGCAAGACGGUGCAUAUUAGUGGAUGUUCGGCCGAAGGAACUUUCUUCAAAAGCAUUAAGGAAUGUGAAGCUAAAUGCAAGGAAUGUUAAAAUAAAAUUUUAGGA